AAGAGAAAUAUUUAUAACAUUUUGGUAUGAUUACCGCGAUAGUACUAGGCCAGGCAACGAUUUCAUGAUUUCAAAGAGCUUUUUGUAAUACACGAAAGGCUUCAAACAAAAUUUAAAGACAAGAGUUUACCAAAUAGAAUCGAGAAUUUACACGGCGUAUUGUGGGCGCUUUUUCUCAACUUGAACCGAAACUUUAAAGUAUUAUUUCUCCUUAAAACAGUACUGAAGGCUGGUUUUAUAUUUUAACCGUUUCUUGUUUAGCUCUUCACAUGCGGUGAAUAACUGUCGAGUUCAUUUUGAAAUCUAAACCCUAAAUUCUGUACCACCUUCAAUUAAACUUUUCUUAAGGGUCUUCUUCUGAAUAUCAACUCGUUCGAAAUUUCAACUAAAUUAGUUGGCCAACUUGACUUACUUUAAGGUGAAUUUUUAUCUCAGAUCACUAAUUAAAUCAUUGGAAUUUAGAUCAAACUAUCUAUUUCACGGAGAGUCAACCAAAAAAAAUGCCUGAAGUUUCGGUGUUUCCAUUUCUUCAGAAGCUUAUGUUUGAGAUUUAAUUUAAAAACAACUGAUACCUAGCGAACGAGUUUGUCUGACGCUGCGGUUAAACCGCUAGUUUUCCAAGAUUCACUUUUGUUAUCAUUAACAAGUUGUUCCGUAGAUUAAAUAGUCACCUUGUAGUCUUCUAUCUUACCAAUUCAAGUUAUCUUAAUUUAUCUCUAUAGUUAUUCCUGGCCAUAAUGUCUGUUGAAUGAGGAAUGCAAACCACGCUUUUACAUUGAAAUUCAUUGACAGACAUUAUUUAGAGUCGAACACGCGUUACCAAAUCACGAUGAAAGUUGGAAAAAAUGGUUUUUAAACCGAUGGUGGACACCAAAAAUUAACGAACAUAUUGACGUAGACGGACCUCCAUGAUAGAACAACUUACUUAGCUCUAUUUUUAUUCUUCAUUGUUCACUCUAUUGUCUAACAGCUCAAAUUUAUGCGGUUAAAAAGCAAAUGAUGCGAAGACAACUUUUAUCAUAUUGCAGAAAAAAACAACAACUUCAACUGAAACGUUCAAAUAUUUGAGAUCUGACCAUUACUACAAAAAAUGAUGUGCACAGUCUUUAAAUAUUCUUUAUUACGUAUACCAUUCGAUUAUUGUACCGGUCUUUUUCAGCCAUUGAAAAUACACUAUUUUUGAAUCAGAAGACAAAAAGAAAAACCGUGAUUUUCAAAUUUCUUCCGUGAUUUUUUUUUCAUUGAGUUUGAAUCAGUUGGUCUAUAUGCAUAUUCAAUGAAAUAUCCAGACUAAAAUUAUUUUCCUUAUUUACUUUCAUGUCUGGGAAUUUGAAUUUCGUCUGAAUCUUUUAUGAUGAUUAUUGCGUUAAAAAUUUCAUGGCUGCUUAUAAAAAAUCAAGACAUAUAUAGUCAAUGGAUUUCCUUUGAAAAUUGAUUUCCAAAUAUUCACAAAUAAAGUUUCAGAAAAUUUAUUUCGAUAAAAUUAAUCGCUGCCAUUUUUAUCACAAAGCUACUAUUAUUAUUAUUGUUAUCUAUUUUAAAUUUUCAAAAGUUGAUUUGAAAAUUAGCUCCAAAUGGGUUUUCAUUCUAAUCCCGAAAUCAACAGAUUUUCUGGCAGUUAUCAAAGAUCAAAAGCUUGUCAAAAAAGCAAGGACCCACGUGUAAUUCGGAGUUCAGAAAAAUUUGAUAAAGUUGAACUUAAUCAUGGCAGAACUUCCAGGCACGGAGGUCAUUUGAGGUCAUCAAAUUGGAGUAGAAGGAGGAAAGGCGGUGGAAGUGGGCGUGCAUGUGUCUCCUCGGUCUGUGAUUGGUUGAAAGUGACUCACACGCUCCUAGUCUGGACAUGCCUUUUAGUCUCCCCUUCUCUGGCUCAAACUGUCUACAAAAUUGGUGCUAUAAUUCCCAGUUCGCAGCCGGACCUGCGUCUGUUCCUGCAGUGGACCCUGGAUGAGGUGAACAGAGCCAGCUCCUUCCCAGGCACCUCCUUCUCAAUCCAGCCCAUCAUCAAACAGAUUGACCCGGACAACGCUUUCCAGACAUCGAUACAAGCUUGUUCACUGUUGGAGGAGGGCGUGGUGGCGAUCUUAGCCCCGCCGGGGAAGAAUGCGGGAGCUGCAAUCCAGUCUUUCGGGGACAUGUUCGAGGUGCCAAUCAUCCACUACUCGCCCCAGUUCCAGACGGACAACCCAGGCAGCUUCUACAUCAACCUCUACCCCCACUACUCCACCAUCAAUCGCAUCAUGUAUGACAUUGUGGACUACUACAAGUGGGAGAGGUUCGCCAUCCUGUACGAAACUGAAGACGGUCUUCGCCAGAUGGGAGAUGUGAUGCGACUGCAGGACACCUCGAACUCCUCGUUCACUGCGUGGAAGGUGCAGGUGGGGGAGGAGAAGGAGACGAAGGAGCGACUGGUGCAGACUCUGAAGCAGUUCAGGAAUACGAGGAAGAGAGUGAUUGUAGACUGCCACCCACUCACUCUCAUCACACUGCUCAACACAAUGAAAGAUCUACAGAUGUUGACUGAGUAUCAUCACUACAUCUUCACUUCAUUUGAGUUGACGGAAUACUACUUGACGAACUACACGCAGGGAGACAUGAACAUCACAGUGUUUAAGUUGAUGGACUAUGACUCAUACAGGUACCUGGGCAAGGCCAACGCUUUCAAGAACGCCAGGGCCGACCAGCUGUCUCUACUACCCAUCACAUACAUACGCAACUCCUCCAUAUCGCUGCAGAUGGCGUUGAUGUCUGAUGCGAUCUCGGUGCUGCAGAAAGGACUGAUUUCUUUGCAGAACGCGGCGGUUGUCACUCCUAGGAGCAUGUCAUGCAAGAACCCACAGAUGGGCUGGGAGAACGGACUCUCACUCAUGAACUACUUGCGUAUGAAAUAUUCGUUUAACUGGGAGCCUGAACAGGUCUCAAUUCAAGGAUUAUCUGGAAGUAUAGCUUUUAAUGGACUCGGCCAACGCACAACCGUACAAGCUACAAUCAUAGAAAGACGUAACAAAGAACCUUCAGUGGUGGGCAAUUGGACCAAUAGAGACCAAAUAAACAUCACUGAGUCAAGUCAACUCGUGAAUGCCAAGAGUCUUCUUUCGAACAAGACGAUACGAGUCACCACAAUCAUCUCCGCGCCCUUCACGCAAUUAAAAGAGACCGACGACCCCCUGAGUGGAAAUGACAGAUACGAGGGCUAUUGCAUGGACCUGUUAGAGUACAUGGCCAUCUACUUAGACAGACUGGGGGUGGACUUCCAGUACGAGAUACACGAAGUAGCUGAUGGGAGAUAUGGGAGUAAUACUAAAGAUGGAUGGGAUGGAAUGGUCGGCGAACUUAUGGAAAAUCGUGCCGAUCUGGCCGUGGCUCCCUUGACCAUCAACUAUCUCAGACAGGAUGCCAUAGACUUCUCAACCCCCUUCAUGAACUUAGGCAUCUCCAUCCUGUAUCGCAUGCAGGAGAGCAAGACUCCCUCCAUUUUCUCUUUUCUGAAGCCACUCCAUUAUGACAUUUGGAUGUACCUAAUUGUCAGUUACAUAGCCAUCAGCAUGGUACUGUUCAUCAUGGCCCGCUUCACUCCCUACGAGUGGUACAGACCGAAUGAGGACUCGGACGAAGUGGAGAACCAGUUCACUCUAAUCAACUCCCUAUGGUUCGCAGCUGGGGCCAUGAUGCAACAGGGAUCCGAGAUCAGUCCACGCGCUCUGUCCACUCGCAUAAUAUCCGGCACGUGGUGGUUUUUCGUGCUCAUCUGCAUCGCCUCCUACACUGCCAAUUUGGCCGCCUUCCUCACAGUCACCAGAAUGGAGGCCCCAAUCAAAGACGCAGAGGGUCUGAGCCAGCAACACCGCAUCAAAUACGGCACAGUCAUGGGCGGAUCCACCCACGCAUUCUUCAGGGACAGUGACAUCGCCACGUACAGUCGCAUGUGGCAGUUCAUGUCCAACGCGGAGCCCACUGUCUUCGUGGACACCUCAGCCCAGGGUAUCCAGAGAGUGAUGCAGGAGGACUACGCCUUCCUCAUGGAGAGUGUCAUGAUCGAGUACGAAGUGAGUCAGAAGUGCAAUCUCACCCAGAUUGGUGGCACUUUGGACUCCAAGUUCUACGGCAUUGGACUGCAGAAAAACUCUCCCUACACGCCCCUGAUCAGCAAGGCCAUUCUCCAGAUGCAGGACGAGGGGGUGCUGGUGAAGCUGAAGAAGAGGUGGUGGGAGGACGAGUCCAAGUGCGUUAAGAGAGAGUCCGGAUCAGGUGCCGACGAUGCUAGCAGUUUGAAGCUGGACAGUAUAGGGGGCAUCUUCUACGUCCUCAUCUUCGGCACUGUCCUCGGCUGCAUCAUCGCAGUCCUCGAGUUCAUCUGGAAGAGCAAAAAGAACGCCUCCCGCGAGGAGAUCUCAUUGGGAAAACAAAUGUUGAAUGAGCUGGCCUUCGCUUUCCGGUGUCGCGAUUCCAGCUCCACAGUGUCCGCGCCACGUGAUCAAAUCAACUUCAAAUCCCUACCUAACAACGAAAACUACGAAGCCACAACUGCAGGAAUUCCCCGCAUGCUAUACAACACCAGCUACAUCCCAGUUGCCGCUCAAAAUCUCCAAUCCCCGACGUCCCCAGCUGGCGCCCCCGUGAACUCUUUUUCUAACCAAAAUAACAUAUCUACUUUUCCCAGACAAAAUAACAACAUCUCCCACCACCCGGGGGGUGUUGUAAAUUCUCCAAAUCUAGCUAACAAUACAAUGGCUCCGGAUCAGAUUGACUAUUACCAGGCGCAACUGAUGCCGCCGAUGAGUCAACCACCGAAUACUAACUACGCGACCUACAGGCCCUACGCAUACCAGAACCAGCAGGCGAAUUCAUCAGGACCGCAAACGAGUCAACAACAACAACCUGCUUUGAAGUUCGUCGAAACGCCCUCGAUACUUAAGAACCCAACGUCUAACUCUUACCUCCGCGUUGACACCAAAGUUUAGCCGUGUGACCAUUUUUAGAAUUUGAUGAUGUAACUUGGAGAUACUUUGGUUAUUUUUAACUGAUUUUGUUUUUACUUAGUUGACAGACGUUGUUUAGUUUUGAAUCCUAGUUGAAUGUCGCGAAUGCCGCCAAUAUGUUGCAAUAAAGUACCAAAAUUAUAACGUUAAUCAUUUGCACACUUUUUGAAUUAUGCUACUUUAUUCAAAAAUGUUUCGUAAUUUAUUUAUUAUAUGUUCG